AUGAUUGAAAUUUAUUUUUCAUAUUUUUUCAAAAAUUAUUUUUAAUUUUUAUUAAUUUGCGAAUACCCUGUCAAGAUGAUAAUCUUCACAGAUACUAAAAAUCACAACGCUAUUUUUGUCGAUUGGGGCCGAUCAUCAUUCGAUAAUUACUCUUGGUUGGUGUAUGAAGGUGUGCCUAGAGUAGGUGCUAUCCUAGGCGCAUUUAUUAUGCAACUUUAUGAACAUGGACUUAACAUAAAACGUGUACAUUUGGUCGGACAGUCUUUAGGAGCACAUAUUGCUGGUUUUGCUGGUAGAUAUAUCAAUGAAAAUCAUCCGAAAGGAGAAAAAAUCGGUAGAAUUAGUGGUUUGGAUCCUGCAGGUCCGCUUUACUGGAAAGUUUUGACAAUAUUUGAGAAUCCGUAUAGUUUACGUGCGAGUGAUGCAGAUGUCGUUGAUUGUAUUCAUUCGAAUGGUGGAUAUUUAGGAACAGCGAAUAAUAUUGGCACGGUUGAUUUUUGGUUAAUGGUGGGAGUUAUCAGGAAUAUUGUGGGCAGUUUAAUUCAAGUUUUAGGUUUAUUUCUGAACGUAAGAAGAAAAAUCAGUGGGAAUGUUGGGAUUAAAAUGUGA